GCCUGUCAGGGUUCGUCGGCGCUUCCUGGUGGGCUGGUAGGGUCGCCUAGGAGACGGGCCACGGUCGCGCGGACGGGGCCUGCCCAUGGCAGCCGGAGCAGCGGCGGCGGGCCAGGGUGGGGCGAUGGGCCCGCUGGUGGGGGCCAUCGACCAAGGGACCAGCUCCACGCGCUUCUUGGUUUUUAAUGCGAACACAGCUGAAUUGUUGAGUCACCACCAAGUAGAAAUCAAACAGAAAUUCCCCAAAGAAGGGUGGGUAGAACAAGACCCAAAGGAAAUACUACAAUCUGUCUAUGAAUGUGUGGAACGAACAUGUGAGAAAUUGAACCAGCUGAAUGUAGACAUUUCCAAUAUAAAAGCUGUUGGAGUUAGCAAUCAGAGAGAGACAACUGUGGUUUGGGACAAACUAACUGGAGAGCCUCUCUACAAUGCUAUCGUAUGGCUUGACCUAAGGACCCAGUCUACAGUUGAGAGGCUGCUUAAAAGAAUUCCGGGACAGAAUAAAUCCUUUUUAAAGAGUAGGACUGGCCUCCCACUUAGCACAUAUUUCAGUGCUGUGAAGCUUCGCUGGCUUCUAGACAACGUGAAAGAGGUCAGGCAAGCAGUUCUGGAGGGACGAGCUCUGUUUGGUACCAUUGAUUCAUGGCUGAUAUGGAGUUUGACAGGUGGAAAAGAUGGAGGUAUUCAUUGCACUGAUGUAACAAAUGCUAGUAGAACAAUGCUCUUCAAUAUUCAUUCGUUAGAAUGGGAUGAUGAACUCUGCAAGUUUUUUGAAAUUCCUAUGAAAAUACUUCCCAAAGUGCGGAGUUCUUCCGAGAUUUAUGGAUUGAUGAAAAUCUCCCCUACCCUGAGUUCUGGAGCUUUGACUGGUGUACCAAUUUCUGGGUGCUUAGGUGACCAGUCUGCUGCUUUAGUGGGACAAAUGUGCUUCAAGGAUGGCCAAGCUAAAAAUACGUACGGAACAGGCUGCUUCUUACUCUGCAAUACAGGUCAAAAGCCUGCACUUUCUGAGCAUGGCCUUCUGACCACAGUGGCUUACAAAUUGGGCAGGGAGAAACCUGUAUGUUAUGCAUUAGAAGGCUCUGUUGCCAUAGCUGGUGCUGUUGUUCGUUGGCUGAGGGACAACCUUGGUAUUGCAAAGUCUUCAGAUGAAGUUGAGAAGCUUGCUGCUGAAGUGGGCACUUCCUAUGGCUGCUACUUUGUCCCAGCAUUCUCAGGAUUAUAUGCACCAUACUGGGAACCAAGUGCAAGAGGAAUUAUCUGUGGCCUUACUCAGUUUACAAAUAAAAACCACAUUGCCUUUGCUGCAUUAGAGGCUGUCUGCUUUCAAACACGUGAGAUACUGGAUGCAAUGAACAAGGACUGUGGCAUACCACUAAGCCAGUUACAAGUUGAUGGAGGGAUGACCAACAACAAGAUCCUUAUGCAGCUCCAAGCUGACAUUCUCUGUAUUCCAGUAGUAAAGCCAUCCAUGCCUGAAACCACAGCACUGGGAGCAGCUAUGGCAGCAGGAGCAGCAGAAGGAGUGGGAGUCUGGAGUCUAAAUCCUGAUGACUUUACAGCAGUAACAUGUGAACGUUUUGAGCCACAGAUCAAUCCUGAGGAAAGCGAAUAUCGCUAUACUAGGUGGAAGAAAGCUGUUAAGAAGUCAAUGGAUUGGGAGACAUCAGAUCCUCAAGGAAAUGGUGAAACUAGUAUCUUCUGUAGUCUGCCUUUGGGCUUUUUUAUAAUGAAUAGCCUCUUAAUGUUAAUCGGAGCAAAGUACAUCUCAGGUAAUUGCAAAUGAGGCUCCUUAAUGGAUUUCCAGGAGACAUCUGGAGAGAAUCUGGUGCUCUCUUCCAUUGUGACGGCGCAUUUUGACUCAAUUCCUUGUCAAAAUAAUAUGUGUGACCAUUUAGGGAAGGACAAAUAAGGAACACACACAACAUUGCUGCCACCUGUUCCCUGCUUAAAUGUAUAAUGGGAUAGAAGCCUUUGUUAGGUUCCUCAUCUGCCAAUACCUGGUUUAUACAUUUUGACAUGGAAGAUUACCAUUAAAAAGGUGUUUUUUUUAAAAAAAAAAACCAACAACUUGGCACUAGAUACACAUUUACAAAGUCAUGAAGACUUUUCCAGUUCGUACAAAACUGCCCAAAGCAAUGUCUGCCGAAACCAUCUCUGUAGUGAUCGAGGGAGCAACAGCUGGGAUUUUCUUUUUAUCAUGAUCAGUUUUUCUUUAUCCAGUAUUGAAGUCUUCAAUGGUGCUUUUUUUUCUUAAACACCCUCCCAAUUAUUGAUUUAUUCUGUUCUGUUCAUGUGCAUUAUCUAGGAGUACUGAGAACUCUAAAACCUGUAAGUGCCACAAGCUUCUAGACUAAACAAAGUUUUUUGGUUUUCCCAGAAGUAUAUUUAAAAUAUAUAGGCUUUCAUGAACAUUGACAAGCCAGAGACCCAAGCAGCAAGGAAGCAACAUAUUUGAAAUACUAUAAUAAAUAAUCCAAAUGAAACUUUCUGUAGCCAGGUUGUGUAGUGGUGGAAAACGGGGUUUUAUGUACUAUAUUCAGUGUGAAAGUCUGGACCAAAAGUUGCCUUUGAAAUCUUAAUGACAUACCAUUAAGGGCAGUGGCAUAUGUCUUUCUUUGGUAGAAAUACUAGAUUUUAGGGAUCCAAAGAGCAAAAAAAAUUAUGGGCCAUGAAAUUAAAAAACAUAGUGUUUCAAAAUGACACCUGAAAAUUGCUGGGGGAGAAUUUCUUCUUAAUCAAAAUAUCACUAGGAACCACUAUCCUACACACACACACACACACACACACACACACACACACACACACACACAUAUGCUGCUGGUUUAUAGGCUGAUCACCUUUCCCCUCUAACCCUAACCCUUCUCUACCACUAUCCUUUUUCUGAAUCCCUUUUACUACAGCUAGAAUACAGUAAAGGAAUAGAACAGGAAUAGAGUAAAAGAUUAAUGGGGAAGUGGGUGAUGGAGGUAAGCAAGGGCAAAUAUCCUGUUCAAAAUCUUGUAUUUAACAGGGCUUUUUGUCAAAGAUCUCUUAGGAAUUCUUCCCAAAUCCAAGCAUGUCCCAAGUAUCCACACGGUUUUCUCUUACUGCCAACUCUGUCUAUAGCUGGGAGGACUUUUGUGUUCCACAUCACUAAAAUAAGUUGUAGAUGAGAAGUUGGUGUCUUGUACUUGAAUAUGCCUCAAGAUUGCUGGAAUGUACCUACAAAACUUUGCAGAAAUAGUUCCCAUGGAAAUGAAUGACAUAGCUUACUUCCUGCCAUAAAAUCUUAAACAAAUAGUUAUUUUACUAAAUAAAAGUGGGCUUGGUGUCAUCUUUUAACAUGAAAUCACUUGAUUUGACGGUUCAAUCUCUGAAUAUUCUGAAUGACAGCAAUAUUGCUAAGUAAGUGCACUAGGAGCUAAAGGGAAUGUGUAUGUUCAAAAUGUUCCAUGUCUAUCUUGUAUGAAGUUGCCUUCACUCUUACAGAAUGUGUGCUUUCCAUAAUUUAGAAUAGUCUUCCCCGAUCUGGUUCUAUCUAGAUGUUUUGGACUAAAACUCCCAGCAUUACUAACCACUGGCCUUGCUGACUCGGGUUGAUGGGAGUUGAAGUCCAAAACAUCUGGAGGGCGGCAGGUUAGGGAAGGCUGAUUUAGGAAAUAUUAAGCUCUGGAAAUGUAAAGUAUUUUAAGUCUUUAUAGGAUACUUAAAAUAAAUACCUUUUCAUUAAGUACAAUGUAAAUUACCUCUGAAACUGCUGCACAUUUGUACUUUGGUGUGAAAUGUAGAAUGUUCUUGACCACUGUUCAGUAUUGCAACUACCAUGUAGCCUGGGUGAUACAUGUUUCAGCGUGUAGAUAAAUGUAGUGACAACAGCAAUUUCAGAUUUUUAGUUUAUUGAGACUUAUCUGGAUGUGGCAAAUUGGAAGUGGGAUUUCUGAAACUCCAAAGUUCAGCUCUUUAUCUAGGGCACAAACAUCAUAGGGUUUAAUUUUGGCAAGUCAACAUUUUCUUCUACCUAUACAAGCCUUGUGCUAUUACAGUGUAGUAGCUUUUCCCCCCUAUAGGCUUCACAUUCAGACAAAAGUCAGUAGGGAGAGCUUUUCUGGAGGCUGGUCUUUGGCAGGCCAGAUAUAUUGCCAGUUCCUACAAAUUGCACUAUGAGGUCCAUGAAGUAGACACAGAGGCGGGAUAGUAAGCAUUCUAUACUAUUGGGCUUAAGAGAUGCAACGUGUGCCAAAUUCUAACCCCUUUUUUCAAACAAAUGCCGAAACAGCAAACCUUAAAUGAACCUGGAAACAGCUUGUUUCUUGCACUGCCAUCACUUCUGUUCUGCUGCUGCUUUAUAUGGCAUAUUGUGAUGAUCAGUUUCAACUACAGUUUCUGGGGAAAUAUAGGACAUUAAAUUAUUUUUCUGGAAUUAUAAUUAUAAUUGCAAUUUUAUAAAAUGUACUUAAUUCCACUUUUUCUACAAAAUUAAAUUAACUGUGGAAACCUUGUUCACUUUUUGUGAACAGAAACUUGUGAUUUUUUUUCUAUAUACCUUUAAAUUCUUAAAUGAGCACACUAAAAGUAUGUAACAGCAACACUGGUUGGUAUUGCACUGCUAGAAAUAAAUGUGAUGUAAAAUGUCCUUGAUCUUGUUUUCAAUUAUGUUUGCAAUGUCAGCCAUUAAUAAAAUAAAAAUGAAAUCUG